AUCUAUUCAAUUUACCAAUAAAGGGUGUCAGGAUAGGGUAGAUAAAUGGAUUAAGUGCAUUGCAUUGGUCUAUUUGGUUCAUUGACAUUUGAAAGCAAUAAUUCUGAACACAAGGCAUGUGUGCGCGCCUUUAGUGAAGUUUGAGGUUUCGGUGUUGUAUUGUCCAGUAUUGUCAGUAUUUGUCAGCAUUCCGGUAUUCCUUUGUCAGUAUUUGCAAGUAAUCUUGAGUGUAUUUGCACUGUGCGUAGUUUAUAGAAACAGCAGUGCUUGGCAUUCGACAUUUUUUGUUAGUGAUUAUUGCUUUCCAUUUCGAGCUUCAUUAGAAGCUAACACCGGUCAUGUUCAGCCAUCGGCUUUUAGUGAGUAAAAGUAGCCAAGGGGCUACAGAAAUAGCAUGCAGUUAUCUAUUGAGUGCUACAUGCUCAAAAAAUGCAAUUAGAAGCUAUGGAGCAAAUCAGACAUGCAUCUUAUCAGAAACCAAGCACCUAGGCCCUGGUUCGGAAUGCCCACCCCGCCGGCCGGGCGUGCUCCGACUCUACUCAAUGAAGAUGUGCCCAUUCGCACAGAGGACGCGACUGGUGCUCUCCGCUAAAAACAUUCCACACGAGGUGGUCAAUGUGAACCUGAAGACGAAGCCCGCCUGGUACCUGUCGCUCUACGAGCCGGGCCUGGUGCCGGCGCUGGAGCAGGACGGCCUCUUCGUGCCCGAGAGCCUGGUGACCUCGGAGCUGCUCGAGGAGCUGCACCCGACGCCGGCGCUGCUGCCGGCAGAGCCCUGGCGCCGCGCCGCCGACCGCUUCUUCAUUCACUCGUUUGGCACGGUGAUCGGUACAUUGUACCAGAUGUACUUCCAUUUAGAUGAGCCGAAGAAAAUCGAAGAAUUGCAUGAAAAGUUUCAGCGCAAUAUACAGCCGCUGGCGGCCGAGCUGGCGCGGCGCGGCACGCCGUUCUUCUUCGGCGACCGUCCGGGCAUGCUGGACCUGAUGGUCUGGCCGUGGAUGGAGCGGCUGGCGGCGUUCACCGAGGUUUGCCGCAGCCGGCCGCUGCUGCCGGCCGACGGCGACCGCGCCGUCCGGGCUCUGCGUGACUGGGCCUCACUGAUGGAGCGCGAUGAGCACGUGAGCCGGUGUGUCACUCCGCUGGAGGACCACGUCAACUACCUGGUCACCCACAAGGUGGGCAUCGUGGCCGCGCAGAAGCGGAACGCGCUCAAGAGCUCUGUGGAGAGUGACGACUAACCGACUGGGGCCGCUCUGUGACGGCGUGGGGUGGGAUGACUGGUCUGUUAGCGCGUGACGCGUUCGGAACGACGGUGCUCAAUAACACGUGCAAUGCUCUUAGUUGUGUCCUAGUAAGCCGCACAGCUGUAAGUGGGAAUCAUUAUAUCCGAGUAGGUAUAUUAUGAGUUGAGAAUGUAGGAAAUGUAGGGGGUUGAUACCUGAUAUGUUUGUAACCUGCUGGACGCUGGUACGUGUGAUGGAAUGAUCUGGUCGAUUGUAUUCUCUUUUCAUGGUUGGUGGUACGUUAUCGCCGUGGGAGCCGCCGUCUGUGAUAUUCGACGUUUGUCGUAUGAUGUUAUGACGGUAAAUAAGCUCCAGCUAGUUAAUUCUGGUAUGGUUAUAUGAAGUCGUACCUGGUUAUGUGGUAUCACCCGGGCUCAAUACUGGAUCAUGCACCUGACCCUGAAAGGGGCACCAGCCAUUCAGCCUUUAUCGAAGACCCGGUUAGGCUGGGCGGUUGGGGGUUUAGCUGCACUGAGACGUUACAUGGGAUUUGGACCAGAAAAUACGAUGGAUGAAAUAAGAGCGUUAGUUGACGGUUUCUUAUGCCUACACCGUGCAUAGUGCAUAUAUAAUAUUGUAAUAACGCCAGAGGAAAAUACAGGCUGUGACGCUCCCCAGCGUUGA